GAUCAGAGGAGUUCACAAGUCCUGAACAGAGGCCCGACGUCGCGGAGGUUAGAUUCCCCAACGUAUUACUGAUUUGCAGUCCAAUGGAGCAACAACCGCCGCCGCCAACCGAACGGUCAUCACCGCCGCCAACUCCUUCACCUUCUGCCGCUUCUACCUCCUCACUCCCUCCUCUUUCGACGCCAGCAUCUUCUACCAAACCAACCCUAAACCCCUCUGCUUCUACCUCCGUGACCCCACCCUCGCAAAACCUUCAAUCAAGGCCAGCUUCGGAACCCCCGUCCUCCUUCGCUACUUCCCGGCAACAACCCUCGCCUUUCCAGCACUUGGCUCAUCCUCCUUCUUCGCUAACAGUGCCGCCGCCUGCUAGAGGUGGGUUGGCAAUUGGGGUCCCUGCCCACCAGCCUGGCCCUUCUCCGCCUCCCGCCUCCUUUUCAUCAUUGGCUCCGCCUUCUUUUGGGCAGCAAUUUGGUGGGUUGGGUCGCGGUGUGCCUGAUUCUCUGCCUACUUCGAGUUCAGCCCAGGGUAGACCUGUACAAGGAAUGCAAGGGAUUGGAAUUACAGGGUCACUUGGUUCGAGUAUGCCAAUGCGACCAGCUGGGGUUCCUCCCCAGCCAGUGAGAUCUAUUACGACGGCAAUUAGACAGCAGACUGUCACAAAUAGCCAGUCCCCUUCUUCACAAAAUUUUCAGGGACAUGGCAUGUUGAGAGCUCCUAACCCCCCUAGUACAUCUCAAAGUCCACAGUCCCAGAAUCAAGCAUGGUUAUCUUCGGGAGUGCAAGGGAAACCGCCUUUGCCACCCCCCUCACUAAGGCCUCAACUGAGCCAACAGUCCUUGCAGCAACGUUCUCAUAUUCGUCCACAGCAUCACCAUUCUGUGCCUGCCUCUCAGCAGCAACAGCACACAUCUUCUGCCCAGCAAGCACAGCCUUCAAUCUCAAGUCAGUCUCAAGAGAAUUUGGGGCAGCAGAUUCAACCAUCAAGGACUCAACAACCCUUUCCCAAUCAACCACCAAUUGCAAGGAGUCAUGGAUUUGGAAUCCCAAGACCGUCAUCUCAUGCAUUGCUGCAUUCUGCUGCUGUCCAGUCUGGGCCCCUUAAUAAAACUUCUGCUGCAGAGACUGAGGAGCCUUGUAAUAGGAUUCUGAGCAAGAGAAGCAUCCAGGAGCUAGUGACCCAGAUUGACCCAUCAGAGAAGUUGGAUGCUGAGGUUGAAGACAUCCUUGUGGAUAUUGCAGAUGAAUUUGUAGAAUCUCUUACAACCUUUGGUUGUUCAUUGGCCAAACAUCGUAAGUCCUCAACACUGGAAGCGAAGGACAUCCUUCUACAUGCUGAAAGGCACUGGAACAUUACUCUUCCUGGAUUUAGUGGGGAUGAGAUUAGGACCUACAAGAAACCUCUUACAAGUGACGUUCAUAGAGAACGGCUGGCUGCGAUCAAGCGAUCGUCUGUUGCUGUAAAGCCAAGCAAUACAAAGAGCUCUGCCGGACAAGGUGGGAAUUCAAAGACGACACCACUUGGAAAAGGUCCUACCAAUAUUUUGACUUCCCCUAACGCAAAGACCUGAAGCACAGCUGCGCGAGAGAGUCUGCUCUCCGAUUAGGGAGACUGGCUGUGCCAUCUUUGUUAUGACUCCUUGAGAAAUCCUUUGAACAAAAAAACUGUGCCUUCUCUCAUAAAACAUUAUGAACUUCUCUUCCUCGUUGGAUGUGGGUCAAUGUGAAAGGUUGUCUCUAUUUGCGGGAUUGGUUUGUACCCAAGCUGUGCUUUACAUCAUCCUUCGUGUAAAUUACUAAACGUUAACUGGAGCGAUGAAUAAAUUGAUAGACCCCAACCUGAAGGGGAGAAUGGAGAUGCUCCAAGGAAAUGCAUGCUGUAAUGGGAAAGCAUAAAUGUGAAAUGAAAUGAUCAAAAGAUUGUUUUCAGCUCCUAUUUGUAGCAAGGAUGACAAUGUAACUUUUUACCUUCAUGUUUGUUAAAUUUGUGGAAUAUUUAAUUAUGUAAACCAGCAUAGUAUGGUGUCUAAUCUUAUUUUUGUCAAUCUUUUUUUUUAAUGA